GGAUUACUCGCCUUGCCGAGCUAAUACCAUGAGCCGGGUCUACAACGACAGGAUGUUCAUCGGAGACAGGCGAUACUGUGAAGCGGGCUUCAGCUCCGUGAUCACCCAGGCUGGCGAGCUGGUGCUGGGGGCCCCUGGCGGCUACUUCUUCCUAGGUCUCCUGGCCCGGGCACCGAUUGCCAGCAUCCUCUCCAGCUACCAGCCAGCCACCCUGCUGUGGCACGUGCCCAGCCAGAGCUUCACCUUCGACUCCAGCGACCCCAAGUUCUAUGACAGCUACCGGGGGUACUCGGUGGCCAUUGGCGAGUUCAAUGGGGACCUGAGAACUCCAGAGUAUGUCGUCGGUGCCCCUACUUGGAGCUGGACCCUGGGAGCGGUGGAGAUCCUGGACUCUCACCACCUGACGCUGCACCGGCUGCACGGGGAGCAGAUGGCUUCGUACUUCGGGCACUCUGUGGCUGUCACCGAUGUCAAUGGGGACAGCAGGCACGACCUGCUGGUGGGCGCCCCUCUGUUCAUGGACAGCCGGGCCGAUCUCAAACUGGCCGAGGUGGGGCGCGUGUACCUGUUCCUGCAGCCCCCGGCCCCCCAUGCACUGGGCACCCCCAGCCUCCUGCUGACCGGCACUCAGCUCUAUGGGCGGUUUGGCUCGGCCAUCGCACCCCUGGGUGACCUCAACCGGGAUGGCUACAAUGAUGUGGCGGUGGCCGCCCCCUACGGGGGUCCUAGUGGUCGGGGCCAGGUGCUGGUGUUCCUGGGCCAGAGCGAGGGGCUGAGUGUGCAGCCCUCCCAGGUCCUGGACAGCCCCUUCCCUGCUGGCUCUGGCUUCGGCUUCUCCCUGCGAGGGGCCACAGACAUCGAUGACGAUGGAUACCCAGACCUGGUGGUGGGAGCCUACGGGGCCGGCAAGGUGGCAGUGUACAGAGCCCAGCCGGUGGUGGUGGCCACCGUCCAGUUGCUGGUGAAGGACACACUGAACCCCGCAGAGAAGAGGUGCAUCCUGCCCCAGACCAGGACGCCAGUGAGCUGCUUCAGCAUCCAGAUGUGUGUGGGAGCUGCUGGGCACAGCAUUCCACAGAAGCUGCGGGUGAGCGCCGAGCUGCAGCUGGACCGGCAGAAACCCCGCCAGGGCCGCCGGGCACUGCUCCUGGAUUCGCAGCAGGCGGGCACAACACUGAGCCUGGACCUGGGCGGGAGCCACAGCCCCACCUGCCACACAUCCACCGCCUUCCUGCGACACGAGUCUGACUUCCGGGACAAGCUGAGCCCCAUCCUGCUCAGCCUCAACGUAUCGCUGCCACCAUCGGAGGCUGGUGCGGGUCCCGGCCUGGUGCUGGCCGGGGACACGCAUGUCCAGGAGCAGACCCGCAUCAUCCUGGACUGUGGGGAGGACGACGUGUGUGUGCCCCAGCUGAAGCUCAACGCCACUGUGACGGGCAGCCCGCUCCUCAUCGGGGCCGAGAACCUGCUGGAGCUCCACGCAUCCGUGGCCAACGAAGGCGAGGGGGCCUAUGAGGCGGAGCUGGCUGUGCAGCUGCCCCCGGGCGCCCACUACAUGCGUGCACUGAGCGACUUGCCGGGCUUUGAGAGGCUCAUCUGCAACCAGAAGAAGGAGAACGGGAGCAGGCUGGUGCUGUGCGAGCUGGGCAACCCUCUGGGGAAGGGCGCCCAGAUAGGGGUCACCGUGUGGGUGAGUGUGGGGGACCUGGAGCAGGCCGGCCAGCAUGUGUCCUUCCAGCUGCAGGUCAGGAGCAAGAACAGCCGGAACCCACACAGCCAGGUGGUGCUGCUGCAGGUGCCCGUGCGGGCGGAGGCCAGCGUGGAGCUCCUGGGGAACUCCUUUCCCGCCUCCCUGGUGGUAUCGGCAGAAGGCGACCAGAAGCAGAGUGGCCUGGACAGCGCGGCCCCCAGGGUGGAGCACACCUAUGAGCUCCACAACAGAGGCCCCGGAACCGUGCGCGGCUUGCGGCUUGGGGUGCACCUGCCGGGGCAGUCCCAGGCCACCGACCCGCUCUACAUCUUGGAUGUGCAGCCCCAGGGGGGCCUGCAGUGCUCCCCACAGCCCUCGCCCAACCCCCUCAAGCUGGAGUGGAGGCUGCCCACCGUCAGCGCGACCCCUGAGCUCCAGGAGCAUCACCAGCGGGAGCGCAGGCAGGCCGGGCCCGAGCAGCCGGUGCUGGUGAGCUGCGACUCGGCGCCCUGCACGGUGGUGCAGUGUGAGCUGCAGGAGAUGGCGCCCGGGCACCGGGCCAUGGUCACCGUGCUGGCCAUGCUGUGGCUGCCCGGCCUCAGCCAGGGGCCGCCGGAGCGGACUGAGCUGCAGUCCCUCGCCUGGUUCAAUGUCUCCUCGCUCCCGUAUGCCGUCCCGGCGCAGAGCCUUCCGAGCGGAGAGACCGUGGUGAGCGGCCGGGCGGGGCUGCGCUGGGGCUCGAGUCCGUCGGGCGGACGGACCCGGCCCACCCUGGACGGAGGCGACGUGGAGGACUGA